ACUUAUUAAGUUGAAUAUUUGUUAGUUAUCCAUUUUGACAUUUAGUAAUAUUAUAAUAAUUGUUUUUUCUGACUAUUAAACAAUUUUUAUUGUUACAAAUUUAUAAAAAUAAAAAUAAAAUGUUCAAGUUCAACUCAUCAAUUCACAUUUUGGUUGGCUUUUUAAUUUUAAGCAAUGUAAUAUGUAAAACAUAUUCCAUUACAUCAUUAGGAAAGUAUUGGAAUUUUUUCGGAUUUAAUAGAAUAAAUGGAGAAGAGGAAGACAUAGAUUUUGAUGAAUCAGAAGAAGAAGAAGAAAAAGAAGAGGAAGAAGAAGUAGUAGAAGAAGAAGAAGAAAAUAAUUCAGAAGAACUCUGUUAUGUAUGUUAUCAAGAAAAAUUGACUGUAAAACUUCAGCCGUGUGGACAUAUGAUUGGAAAUUUUUGCGCUAACUUUAUAGAACAAACAACCAAAAAACCAUGCCCAACAUGUAGACAAGAAAUAACUCAAUUUGAAAAUUUAGUACCACUAAAUGUUAAACCAGAGGAAAUUUACAAACAAAUAUAUGAUAAUGAAAGACAUUCAAAACCCGAAAAACUUUCUAUUGAUGAUUAUAAUGAUUUGAUAUUUCGUGUAAGAUAUCAUGAUAUUACACCAGAAGAAAUAAAGGCACAAUACUAUUACCUUCGACGUGGUCAAGAACCAGACAAGAAAUUAUUAGAAGAUAUAAAUUCAUCAAUGGGGUAUAUAGAUAGAUACAAGUGGAAAGAAUUUAUAGGUAGUGUUCUUAAAUAUUGCUCAAGAAGUGAUGUCGAACAUAAGCUUUAUUGUCAGACUUUUCAACGUAAAUUAAAUAAACAAGAACGAUGUAUGUUAAAACAAUAUUAUGAACGAAAAGGCCUAGAUGUUAAACUAGAGUUCUUCUUUCGAAAAAGGUAUAUGAAAUUUGACGAUAAAGAUAGUACAACUAUAUUUAUUAAGUAAUGUCAACUAUUCCAAUAAUUCAUUUUUAUAAUAUGUAUGUUCAUGUAGUAUAAAUAAAAACUCAAGUACAGUUGCAAUAACAACUUAGUAUAGUACACUACUCCUAUAAAAAAAAAAAAAAAUAAAAUUCUUUAUUAAGAUAAUUAUUACAAUUACCGAUAUAUUUUCUGUAAAAUGUUAUGUUACAACUUCAUUUCUUUAAUAAUAAAUUACGUUGCUUGACUUAAA